AUGACGGAGUGGACCCUGCUCAAACGUCUCCUGGAUGCCGUCCACCAGCACUCCACCAUGAUUGGUCGCCUGUGGCUCACGGUCAUGGUCAUCUUCCGUCUUCUCAUUGUUGCCGUGGCGACUGAGGACGUGUACACUGACGAGCAGGAGAUGUUCGUGUGCAACACGCUGCAGCCGGGCUGCUCCACCGUCUGCUACGACGCCUUCGCCCCCAUCUCACAACCACGCUUCUGGGUCUUCCACAUCAUCACUGUGUCCACGCCAUCCCUCUGCUUCAUCAUCUACACCUGGCACAACCUGUCCAAGUUGCCCCACGCCAGCCAGAGGCAGGGGCCUGCACAAGCCGGGGUCCCAGGGCAGGGGGGCCCGGACUUAGGGUGCCGUGGCGGACAGGAAGUGUACGACCGGAGCUGCGACUCCGACAGCUGCUCCAUCCGCUCUCAUAAGCAUCUGGGUCACAGCCUGGCAGAUGGGCUGGAGGGCAUCAACGUCCAGAAGGGGGGUGGGGAGGCACAAGUGGUCUCUGGAGGAGUUCUGUCCAAAUGUUACAUCUUCCACGUGUGUUUGCGGGCUCUCCUGGAGGUGGGCUUCGUCCUGGCCCAGUGGAAGCUGUUUGGCUUCCAGGUGCCUGUCCACUUCCUGUGUACAUCCCCCCCCUGCAGCCAGGCGGUGGACUGCUACGUGUCCAGGCCCACAGAGAAGACCAUCUUCUUGCUCUUUAUGUUUUGUGUGGGAGUUUUCUGUAUAAUUCUCAACGUGUUAGAGCUCAACCACCUGGGCUGGAAAAAGAUCAGGCAGGCCGUGAAGCUGAGGGAGAGGGGGUCCUGGGGGGUCUGUCCCGGUAUGAAGAGAGGCUAUGAAACGUUCCCUCCUGACAGCCCCUUUCUCACACCUUCUUUAGGCUUCAGAGACGUGACCAGCACCGCCUCUCUGCCCACUUUGGACUUGGUGGUGGGUCACCAGCCUGACUGGACCUGUGCUGUGAACUGUGGCAGGAUGAGGGAGGCUGAGGGGGUCAGAGAGACCAGACCGGAACCCCCAAAGAGACAGGAUUCUAAGAGAGGGGGGAGGAAGCCACUGAAGAGCAAGAGGGUGAUCAGAGAGUCCAAACAGAUGAGUGCCGAGGUCUGGAUCUGA